UAAAAUGAUCCAACAUACGAACAAGAUCUACUUAACAAAAGUGUACACAUUAAAUAUGAGUAAAUUGUGCAAUAUUAUCCUGCCUAAGUACGUUGUGUGUAACCUUAGACUAGUCGUGUCUUAGUGUUGCAAACCGCUGGUCACUUUACACGGGAAUUGAAAUAAAAUGGAGACAAUUGCUUAUCAUCCACUUCUAGAAGUGCAGCAGGAGGACGUAAAAAAGGUUCGACAGUUUUUCGACUUAGAUGAUAUCAAUAGAAUCAAAGAGAGCUUGGAAGCGAUCGAAGAAUGGUGUAAGAAGCAAGCUCAUUUGGCGGAAGCUUUUCAAUACUUACGUACAAAUAUGCUGGAACGUUUAUGGAUUUUAUCAAGAGGCUCGGUAGAAGGGACGAAAAUUAAAAUAGACAAAUUCUUAACGAUGAGAGGAAUGACGCCAGAAUUAAGUUUGAACAAAUCCUACGAAGAAUUCGAGAACUUUUUGGAUUGCGUACUGUACGUGCCAUUGCCAAAACUAUGCCCUACAGAUCAGUCUAGGGUCAUGGUGACACAAAUUAUAUCAGGAAAAUGGGAGCACUUUAGUUUAUUAUCAUACUUAAGAUAUUGUUUUAUGAUAGGCGAAUACAGAUUGCAUCACGAUUACUGUUUAUCAGAGAGAUAUAUAAUAGACCUUAGCAAUGUUAACAUACAGCUUCUUACGAAACUUAAUCCAAUUAUUUUGAAGAAGGGGGAAAUUUUAUGCACGGAAGGCUAUGGAACGAAGAUCAAAGGAAUUCAUAUAUUGAAUGCUCCUUCAUUUGUAGAUAAAUUUGUUUUUUUAAUCAAACAAGGACUUAAAGAGAAAGUGGCGAAGAGGCUACACGUUCAUUCCUCAUAUGAGGAAUUAUAUAAAGAGAUUCCGAAGGAAAUUCUUCCAAAAGACUACGGCGGUGAUGGGCCCAGUUGCGCUAACUUAGCCGAGAAAUGGAAGAAUGUCUUCAAGACCGAUGAAUCGAAGAAAAUAAUAGAUCAAUGCAAUAAGCUCGUGACAGAUGAAUCAAAACGUAGUUCGGUUAAAUUCAACGAAGAGUACUUGGGAUUACCUGGUUCAUUCAGAAGAUUAGACGUCGAUUAAUUAUAUUUAUUUUUUAUAUACAAAGCUCAAGAUUAUAAUUUUUAUAU